AUGCUUUGUCUGAAGAUGCUUCCGUUUCUGUUCUUACUCCACAUACAGCUUGCCAAGGCCUUUCCGGUACCCCCUGAAAACCUGGAAGAGGAAAAUGUAAAAACUGUUGAGAAAUACCUACAAAAAUUCUACCACUUACCAAGCAAUCAAUUUCGCUCUGCAAGGAGGAACAGCACAAUGGUGACAGAGAAGCUUAAGGAAAUGCAGCGCUUCUUUGGCUUGGCUGAGACAGGGAAGGCAGAUGCAGCUACCCUGGAGAUGAUGAGAAAGCCUAGAUGUGGAGUGCCUGACUCUGGUGAUUUCAUGCUAACCCCAGGAAGCCCCAAGUGGACACACACUAACCUGACCUACAGGAUUAUAAACUGUACCCCACAGUUGUCAAAGGCUGCAGUGAAAACAGCAAUUGAGAAAGCCUUUCAAGUGUGGAGUGUGGCAUCACCCCUGACCUUCACGGAGCUCUCAAAGGGAGAAGCAGACAUCAACAUUGCUUUUGUCCCAAGAGAGCAUGGUGACAAUUCUCCAUUUGAUGGACCCAAUGGGAUCCUCGCCCAUGCCUUUCAGCCAGGUCAGGGGAUUGGAGGAGAUACCCAUUUUGAUUCAGAAGAAACAUGGACUCAAGAUUCCAGAAAUUACAACCUGUUUCUUGUGGCUGCUCAUGAAUUUGGCCAUUCCUUAGGACUCUCUCACUCCUCUGAUCCUGGUGCCUUGAUGUAUCCCAACUAUGCUUACAGUGAGCCCAGCACCUACUCACUCCCUCAAGAUGAUAUCAAUGGCAUUCAGACACUCUAUGGACCUUCAAACAGCCCUAUCCAACCUACAGGGCCCAGCACACCCACAGCCUGUGACCCCCACCUGAGAUUUGACGCUAUUACCACACUCCGAGGGGAGAUUUACUUCUUUAAAGACAAGUACUUCUGGAGGCGGCACCCUCAGCUUCGAGAAGUUGAACUCAAUUUCAUCUCUCUGUUCUGGCCAUUCCUACCCAGUGGUCUUCAGGCUGCCUAUGAGGAUUUUGACAGAGACCUAGUUUACUUGUUCAAAGGCAGACAGUACUGGGCUCUAAGGGGCUAUGACAUUCAGCGAGGUUACCCCAGGGAUAUUUCCAACUAUGGAUUUCCAAGCAGCGUCCAAUCCAUUGAUGCAGCUGUUUCCUAUAGCGGGAAGACAUACUUCUUUGUAAACAACCAAUGCUGGAGAUAUGACAAUAGAAGAGGAUCCAUGGACCCAGGUUAUCCCAGAAGCAUAUCAAGUGCUUUCCCAGGAAUAAACUUUAGAGUUGAUGCAGUCUUUCUGCAGGAUUCCUUCUUCCUCUUCUUCAGUGGACCACAAUAUUUUGCAUUUAAUCUUGUCACUCACAGAGUCACUAGAAAUGCAAGAAGCAAUUUAUGGCUUAACUGUCCAUUGAGGUGAAGUAAAGUCAAAUGUCCUUGUCUCUAAUCUAUGAAUACAAAAGGGAAGCUCAGUCCGCAUAUUCAUCCUGUGUGUCCUGCUUAUACUUUCCUCAGGCGUGGCUAACUCUGCAGUGGUCCUGGAAGAAUUGGUAUUUGUAAUCUCCCUUUCUCGGCUGAUUCCUUCUGCACACCCCGUGCCUGGCUAGUGAACACAAAGAGACAGCAAGCUGCUCAGUCAGCUUAACCCAAGCUGUUUCAUUAUCUGCCCUUCUGCCUUCUGCCUCCUAAACCUCCCAUUUUACUACUUGCUUAUCGGACUCCCAGUAUUCCUAAAUCUCUUCAAAAUCUAGCAAUGGAUUUUGAUUACACACAGGAUUAUAAACAACAUAGAGAUUACCCCCCACUCCCAGUCUUUACCAGAAAAAAAAAGUGCUGUUAUUUCCUCCCUUGUGAGAAUAUAUUUUUCGA